CCAUGAGUGCAUAGUAGCCACCAGUUGCACAUCUUUUGAUUUAGUUGCUCAAUCGUAUUGUCAGUGCAAAGCGGGGACUAUGGCAUCGUGGUCACGUAAUGAGAUAAGGGCAGUUUUACGGUAUAACUUUACGCGUGGUUUGAGCAUAGACCAGUGCUUAGAAGAAAUGAUGCUUGUAUUAAAUAAUGGGUCAAUUUCACUCUGGAGGACGCUGAGAGGGAGGGAAGGAAGGCAGCGAACGUCAGUAACAGAGGAAAGCAUAACUGAGAUGAGGAAAAUGCUUGCCGACGACCGGAGAGUGACAAACCAACAGAUAGAGGAGACCUUCAUGCACCAGCAACUGAUUUAA